AUGCGCAAUGCCACCAUCUAUAUACUCACACUUAUCCUGUCGUUUCUGUGCAUUAGUUCAUGUACUUCCGAUGAACCUGAGCUCAGGAAGGCCAGCAUAAUUAAUUGGACUCUUUGGCAGGUGACUUUCGAGCAACUAUACAAAUACGGUAAAAACGAGUACACUACGGGUAACUGGAAUGAUUGUAUCGCAUUUUUUCUUCGAGCAAUUGAAGAUUUCGAUUACUUUGUGGAUGAAAACGUGUGGUGCCGUGAGAAGUGCGCACGCGAACACCAGAAGAGCCGGCAAACAGAACUGAAGAAUGCUGCCGAAGAUAUUGCGGAAAUUGCAAUGAUGUAUGCAAAUGCACAGCAUGCAUUAUGCUUAUUUCGGUGCAAAAACGAGAGACUGACAUCGAUGCGACCACCACUCAAUGAUCCCAGUGUUUUUGAGGAAUUUCAGAACCGCAAACCAUAUCAAUACCUACAGAUUUGUUACUGGAAGCAAAAAGACCUGUCUUCGGCAGUGAGAAGUGCUUACACAUAUUUGGUAGCACAUCCAAAAGAUCAAGAAACGUUGGAUAAUCUGGCAUUUUAUAUGGAACAGGACGGUUACAAUGAAAAUAUGCUUACUGAUGCUCGACAAAUGAAAUAUGAGGUAAAUUCGGUGUUAAUUAGGAUUUCUGCAGAUGACUGCUAG